AUGGAAGACAAAAGUACGGUGGAUGUUUUUGAGUUUGGUAAUAAUGAGGGAUAUGUUGCAUUUACAAAAUCUGGCAAAAUUGGUGUACUGGAGAAAAACGUCGACAUUCCUAUUGUUUUACCGUAUUGCAUGGAAUUGAGAUACGUGCGGGUAGCUGUUGACAACGCUAUCGGCCCUCCCAAAGUGGAUUUUGAUGCCGACGUGAACACGGUUCGCAUCAAAUAUCGUCGUGGACAAUUCAGCAUAUCCAGCUAUACAGUAACUGCCAAAGCUGAGCAAUCCAGUUCAUGUGGUCAACAGUUUUCGUGA